AUGGCCCGCACCAGAUCCAAUUCCAUCAGUUGGGAGUUCUUCGAUAGUGCCACAAUCACUUCUCUUGUCAACUUCGGCCCCCACCAACGUCCGACUCGGCGAGAUCACCAGAGCCCACAGCCGCACGCGGCAUUCCAGCUGCUUUCGAGCUUCCCAGGAUCCAUCCUUCCAGCCAAGCGUGCGGCUGGUCAAGAAGGAGGCCCAGAAAAGGGUCGGAGGAGGUGCCAUAUGCCAGCGUCUGAAAAUGAAGGAGCACGUAGAUUCAAUUGUUCUGCCGAAGCGACGAAGAAAGUUGCAGGGCUCUCGCAUUUCCCCCAAGACAUGUCCUAUGCCAGAUUGAAGAAGCAGAUGAGCCAAAUGUCCGGGACACGUGCUACGAAACUGUGCACGGCCAAGGAUUCCACAUCCCAAGUCCCAGAACAAGCCGCCAUCCACGCCGCCAGGGUCAUAGAGACACACGACCCAGAGCAUACACCAGCUUCGGAAAUCGGAAUGGCUCUUGCCCAAAUUGUCUCGCUUUCAUUAGCCUCCUCUCCUCCGCAGUGCGCAACUUACUGGGUGAUCUGCUGCUCUUCUGCUGCUCCAUCUUGGAAUCCUCCUCACUACAGCACGAGCUGUUGUUGUCCGUCUGCAACUCCAUCUUCGGAUUGCGAGGCGCAGGACACGGCAAUCUUGCCGCAUCCACAAACCCGAUAUGCUGAUUCCCUCUUCUGUAUGCUCAUGCCGCUGAGUUAUGGGCCUCGAGAAAGAUGCACUGGUGUCCAUGGCCAUUGCCGCAAGUGUGCCUUCUUCAUCCGCCUCCACCCUGUCGCCGGGUUCGCUAUGAUCCUUGACUACGUCGGCCGCCUCGCCAUCAGGCUUGACUGUGUUGGACUUGCGCGUCUUUCUCAAGCGCUUCGUCUUCGCCGGAUUCUCAGCGGCCGCGGCGUCUGCGGCGCUUUUCAGAGGAGCGCCGCCAGCGAGAGCAUUGUUGCCGCUGCCAAAUGA